GCUGCUUGAAUAAAGAACAUGCCGUCAAACCGGUUUGUGAUGUCAUGUGUUCCUUCCCUGGUUGAUACGUGUAUUUAGCAAGAAGCAGACAAGAUUCUGAAGUUUAAGGGACAAAGAGCAGAAGAGGAUUUAUGGGUCUCAUUCAUUCAUCUAAACGUUCACAGGUCAUCCUGAUGGGUUUGGACUCUGCGGGAAAGACCACUUUGCUGACUCGACUGCUGACCGGACAGGUGAUGAUGGACACGUCACCAACCGUUGGAUUCAAUGUCGGAUCGUUCGAUGUGGACAAGAGGACGUCUCUGACAGUUUGGGAUGUGGGAGGUCAAAAAAGCAUGAGGCCCAACUGGAGGUUCUACCUGGAUGACUGCAAGGCGCUGGUCUUUAUGGUUGACAGCAGCGAUCCCAGUCGGAUGCCCGAGGCCCAGAAGGCAUUGAAGAUGGUGUUGAGUGAAGAAAGGCUACGAGAUGUUCCGUUGAUGGUUCUCGCUAACAAGGUGGACCAGCCUGGCGCCAUGACUGUACAAGAGAUCUCCCACCGAUUGGGACUGUCCAACUAUCCGCACCUGCGAUGGGAGAUUCAAGCAUGCAGCGCGCUGAAAGGAAUCGGACUGCGUCAGGCCUUUACGUCCGUCGCCAAGCUCAUAAAGAAGAUUUAACUUGAAGGCGUGAGGAGUAAGAGGAGGAGAAUACAUGAAGAAUGAAGAAUGUGAAGAAGUGUGAUAGGGUCAAAGGGCGUGUUUUUGAAUGUAGUUGAGAAAUGCAUAUAUAUACAAUCUCCAACUAAUUAGAACCGGAACAGUUGUGUAUUCGAGUCGCAUUCUUUCUUUCAUCACAUCAGACACAGGACAUUGCGUGACAUACUUUUAUUUAUCUGUGUUUGUGAGGUACAAUUAAUGCGUAUUCUUUGGUCGUAGAAGUUCUUUUUACAAAAACGAAAGCAAUUGCCGUGUUGCAUUUGUGAAAGCCGUCAGAGCCGGUCCGUUCUAUACAUUUUCAAACCGGUUGAUCGUAGUGAGUUGACUUUUUGCGUCGUUCGGCAGCAGCUAGCUUGCUAAGCCAUCAAGCGGUUAGCAUGUGAAGCUAAAACAACAAACCCUGUUAUAGUUCUUGAGUUUUGCGUUGGUUAGACAAAGGCAACAUAUUGCUAAGCCAUUGAACAGUUAGCUCAAACCGGUUGAUCAUAGUGAGUUGACUUUUUGCGUCGUUCGGCAGCAGCUACGUUGCUAAGCCAUCGAGCGGUUAGCAUGCGAAGCUAAAACAACAAACCCUGUUAUAGUUCUUGAGUUUUGCGUUGGUUAGAGAAAGGCAACAUAUUGCUAAGCCAUUGAACAGUUAGCAUGCGAAGCUAAAACAACAAACAGGCUUACGUUUGUUGAGAAAUGCUUUUCUUGCUAGCUAAACAUGGAAUGUGCUCAUAUUAAGUUCGGCUAAACCUUU